GGCGUCCCGCCCAGGCCCGGGGCAGUGGUCAAGAGGAGCGGCUCUGCGCCGGUCCAGCCUGCAGGGUCUCGGGAUAUCCCGCCACACACUGCAGCUACCAGAGUGUGCAGGCAGCAAUGAAGUCGCGCGCCGUGCUGCUGCUGCUGGCGACCGCCGCCAUCACACUGCCGGGGGCAGCCGACGGCAAAGUAGCCGCCGUCGCCAACGGUCUGAAAACAGCGCUAGACAUUAUCGGAAAACUGGUGGGCAUUGGGAGCACGCUAUCCAGUCUGACCGACGGCAACAAGCAUCAGGAGCUGCUACGACACUUCGACAACAUCUCUCGGGACCUCAAGAACGAUGUGAAUUUGGUGAUGACGGCGCUGCGAGACUUGGAGUCGGUCGGUCUCCGGGUCAGCUGGGAGCUCACCGUGGAGACGCUGGAAGAGCUGCUGAUGGACGUCAACAGCAACUACGACCGAUUCCUGUUGUAUCAGAGGAACGCCAGCACUGUGGAGAACUCGACGCUGCUGGAUUUCGCCACCAACGCGGUGUCCCACGCUCCUCGAUCGCUACAGACGACAAUGUACAGGCUCCGGGACGUAGUACUGGAGACUCGUACACCCCUGUGGUCUAGCAGGGCAGCACCUUUCGUCACUAAAGGUGGCGGACGGACCACCAUUAGAAAUGGCCGACAAAGGCGAUACACCAUCAAGCAGAGCCUCUUCAGGCAAUUCCAGUCUGUAGUAGAGGCGUCUCGUGGCACGGUGUGCCGGCUGGGGACGUCCCCUCAGCAGAUGGUCUACCACCUCUACCACAUGGUGACCACCGUACUCGCCAGAGACUACGUGAUGACCCAGUUUGCCUAUAUGCUGCUUCGACUCUUUGAUAAAGGCUCGUUUCUGGUCGAGGCACAGCAUUUCACCGACAACUACAAGGCCACCUCUGCCAAACUGGCAGAGGAGGUCAGCCUGGCGCUGCGGCACCUGGACUCGCUGUUCUGGCGCUGCGACCCUGCACCCCACCGGCGCGGCGCCACCUUCGAGGAGGUCACAGCGCUGCUGCAGGGCUACUUGGAGAACGAGUGGUAUCUAAAGAGAAAGUCAGACUGGUCGCGGAGUUGGAUCUGCAACACAGUGUGCUCCGACUUCGACAUCACGAGUUCAAAGGACUCGUACGGCCGUAUCUACGGACGGAAGGACAGCGCACUGGGCAGCUGUAUCGGCACCUCCGAGGUGUGGGGCUUUCAGCACGAGUUCGUGCACUGUUCAACAUGUUUCUGCCUGUGCGAUGAAGACACGGACUCGGCUCGCUACUUCAGCCUGCUGCCCGCAACGGCCGACGUCGCCCAGAACAAGAUCGUCACAGGGGUCAGGCUCGUCAAGCUGGACAACGUGUUCUACAUCCAGCUGGAGCAGGCUGAGGCCGCUGCGGAUGGGUACGUCAACUCGUCCACCACCCAGUGGCAGCCGAUCGAGCGGCGCAUCGACACCAACCGGGACGAGGAAGGUCGCGACUACGUGCGGCUCUCCUACUCCCAGCGCAGUGUGCUGCUGCAGGAGCUGCGAGGACAGGAGAACCAGGUGCUUACCGGCGCGGCCUUCCACAUGGUCGGCGGCCAUCUGACCGUCCGCGCUCAGGUGACCAACAUCUCCGAGACGGGCGCGCUCGUGGCCUCCUCCAGCGGCUGGCUGGAGGGCCGCCGGCCGGCCGCCGGCGUGCCCCGGCUCAAACUGCGCUCAGGACCCGUGCCGUCCACCCACUCGGCGGCGCCCAGCUGGCCCGACAGCCGGCCCGGCAUGCACACUGUCCAAUUCGAGGCCAGCAACCUGGACGCGGACGCGGCGCAGUCGACGCUGCCGUUCCUGGACACUCAGCCGGUGGCGCCGCGGCCGGCCGGCUGGCUCUCGGGACUCGGACUGUACCACAAGGGCAACACGGCCGGCGGCUACGGCGGCUACCUGGGCCUCAGCGUCCGAGGGCCGACAUUCGGGUGAUCGGUCCGGGAAGCGAACAACUGGGACUGUGUGACCGGCCGGCAGACUGGGUGCCAUCGGCGGGUCCGAAUACAGAGAUAGGCACAGAGACAGAGACAGAGACAUACAGAGUUAGACAGAUGGAGACGAUGAAGACAGAGACAGAUACAGAGUAAGAGACAGAGUUAGAGACAAAAGGAGACAGAGACGAAGACAGAGACAGACAGAGACAGAGACAGAGACAGACAGAGACAGAGACAGAGACAGAGUUAGAGAUAGAGACGAAGACAGAGACAUAGUUAGAGACGGAGACGGUGACCACUCGCGCUAGUCCCCAAACCCAGUGAAUUAUAGCCAAUAUGCAUGUAUCCGUCGCGAACAAUUAGACUUUUCGGGUCUUCUUGGAACCUCCCCAGCCAUUUCUCCGGUCUGUCACGUGCGCUACUGAAAGUAACCGCUUUUUCCUGUCGCUCUAAUAUCCUCAAGACAGCCAAAUGCUCUACACCUCACAGCCAUUGGUCUGGACGAUCACAUUCAUUCGACGUGGGUAGCUCACCAGGAGCAGGACCACGUGCGAUGGGGUAACCGUUAGCGGGGCUGGGUGGCAUGUCCAAGUGACAGGCUCAGCCCCAGCGGUGCACCAGGGUGCCCGCCGAGACCAAUGUCUCCAAUCCCAAUUCCUCCUAUCAUCCUUCCGAUACUGGAAUGUCUCAUUUGACCGAAUGUGCCUAGCCCUUCAAAGAAAAAUAACAGACGGUUUUAACCCUCUUCAGCCUAGGUUAACCUGCAUUUAGCCGAUAUCAAUUGACGUUAACCGAUGUUAACCACGAUGUUUGCCGAUAUUAGUCGAUAUCAAUCGAUGCUAUCCCCAUUUUUAAGAUGAUAGCUGAACCAUUGUUAAAACCCUCGCCGGCACAGGCUAUUUUGCGUCCAUCGACGGCACAAGGGGGAUUGGUACGACCCCUCCUCUUGCGUUUGGCCCCUGAUCGAGCUAGAGCUUCGCGAAAAAAACGAGCGUGUUGCCCGUGACGAGAGGAAGCCGAUGAUACCCGAUUUUAAGGUCCUAGGUCAUCGGUCGACCUUCUAGGUCAGGUCAAUGACCCAAAAGUCUGGAAAAUCGGGGCCUAUUAGAACGUAAAGUGUGGCUGCUACGUGCUUUCUGGGUAAUGAUCACGAAUAUCAUUUAGUUUUAAUUACAGAUGAUGUCUUUAUGCAUUUAGGCCAGGUCGGGUCAGGUCAGGUCAGGUCAACCAGUAGGGGUCCUGCCGGCUAUACAUAGUAGGUGUCAACUACCACUGACGGCGACGUAACAUGUUAAGAAGGCACAAAAACUACUUCGUAAAUGUUCAAAUGGUUGCUAAAUUCGAAUUCAGCUCCAAAAACUGGCCUAGAAACAUGUAAAACUCGAAAAGUGGACCGAGGUCACCAAAGGUCAAUGACCUGACCUGACCUUCAGGACUCAGGUGACCUUGACAUCCACCCUCAUGCAUGGGAGCAGCAUCAAAUCACAUAUUUGAACGCUUGAAACCACGAAAAGACUGCAAAUGCGCGGAUGCGAGCCGAUAUACGCCGAAUCGCGAUUCCGGCAAAACAUGGUCUCGGAAAAUAGGUCACAGGUCAAAGGUCAUUUGGGUCAGGGUCAUGAAAUUUUUAUGGUUGGUGUAAAAUUGAUCAACGCGAGGGUGUUAAUAGUUUUGUCGCGAUCAGUCGCUUUUUACGCGAGUUAUUUGCGAAAAACCUUAGGGGAUUGCACUAAUCCUCCCCCCCCCCCCCCCCUGUGCCGGCGAUGUUUACUGACAGCCGAUUUGAAGCGAUAUUUGCCCAUGUUAGCCAAUAUUAACCGAUGCUUACCGAUGCUUGCUAAUAUUGAAUGGUGGUAACCGAUGUUUGAGGAGGUGCAUGGAAAUAUACCUAUCAUUUUUAA